AUGCCGUACGAGGUUCUUGUUGGAGGCUCGUGCUACACGCCUUCGGAUGCCCAGAAGCUGCGCGAGCUCAUCGACAAGUCCAGCCCCUCCAAGGUCAAGGACAUCCAGGGCCAAUGGAUCUACUAUGUGAACCUGCAGGUGUCGUCUCACGAUACUCUGGAGCAGGUUGAGGAGCUGCUGCAGGACGUUCGCGGCUGGGGGCUUGGUUCCGAGAGUCCCGGAAACGCCCUGACGAUCUACGCAACGCCUCGCUACAUCUCGCCAUGGAGCUCCAAGGCCACCAGCAUCGCCCACGUCUGCGGCCUCAGGGAGCGAGUCUUGCGCAUUGAGCGAGGCCGUCGCAUCUCUAUCCAGUUUGAGGAGCCCUUGUCCGAGGGCCGGGAUGCCACAUUCCGCGAUGUGCUCUACGACCGCAUGACGGAGCUGUGGACUGCUGAGCCGCCGUCUUUGGUGCAGAUGUUCGAGUCCAAGGCGCCGUCUUCUCUGGUUGCUGUCGACAUCUUCGCGGACAAGGAGGACCCUCUUCGGAUUCUCAGGGAGUACAAUGUCAAGAAGGGCCUCAGUCUUGACGAAUCCGAGAUGCAGUACCUCGUUGACGUCUUCACCAAACUUGGACGCCCGCCCCAUGAUGUGGAGCUCUUCAUGUUUGCUCAGGUCAACUCAGAACACUGCCGGCACAAGGUCUUCAACUCGGCGUGGACCAUUGAUGGCGUCCCUCAGGACAAGAGUCUCUUUGAGAUGAUCAAGACGACCCACAAGACCACGCCUGACUUUACUGUCUCGGCUUACAGCGAUAAUGCGGCGGUCCUUGAAGGCGACAACGCCAACGUCUGGGCUCCUGAUUACUCUACUGGCUCCUGGAAGCUCACUCCAGAAGUCGUCCAUAUCCUCACCAAGGUUGAGACUCACAACCACCCCACUGCCAUCUCGCCUUUCCCUGGAGCAGCCACCGGCUCAGGUGGAGAGAUUCGAGAUGAAGGUGCCGUUGGGCGAGGUUCUACGACAAAGGCUGGCUUGAGCGGCUUCUGGGUCUCGGACCUGCUCAUCCCCGACAACCACGCCCCUUGGGAGAGCGACAUUGGCCGACCUCGCCACUAUGCUAGCAGUCUGGACAUUAUGCUUGAGGCACCCAUCGGCAGUGCCCGAUUCAACAACGAAUUCGGACGUCCGGCUCUCGCAGGUGUCUUUAGAACUCUCCUGACACCCGAAGAAUCCCAGGAAGACCCCGACGUGUCAAGCGUUGCCAACUGGCGCGGCUACCACAAGCCUAUUAUGAUUGCUGGCGGUCUUGGAUCUGUGCGACCCCAGCACGCCCUCAAGGAGGAGCGAUAUGUCCAGGAAGGCGCCCACGUUAUUGUCCUCGGAGGUCCCGCGAUGCUCAUCGGCCUCGGUGGCGGUGCUGCCUCCAGUAGUGCCGGUGGAGAGAGCAACACCGAUCUCGACUUUGACAGUGUCCAGCGCGGUAACCCAGAGAUGGAGCGACGCGCUCAAAUGGUCAUCAACACUUGCACUGCCUUGGGUGAACACAACCCGAUUGCCAUGAUUCACGAUGUUGGCGCUGGUGGAUUGUCCAACGCUCUGCCCGAGUUGGUCAAGGACGCUGGAUUUGGAGGAAAAUUUGAGCUUCGCCAGGUGGAAAGCAUGGACCGAAGCAUGAGCCCAUUGGAGAUUUGGUGCAACGAAGCCCAAGAGCGAUACGUUCUCCUGAUCAACGCCGAGAGCAUGAACCGUUUCACAAGCAUCUGCCGCAGAGAACGAUGCGGAUUUUCAGAUGUCGGAACUGUUAUUUCCAAGAACGAGCACGGAGCUACCAGCCUGAUCCUCACAGACAGAGAGUCCAAGGAGUACCCCAGGCCCAUCGAUCUCCCCAUGGACGCCCUUUUCCCUCCCAAGCGCUUGCUCCAGCGGGAUGUUGCCUCCAAAAAGCCCACUCUGCUUCCCUUCAACGCCUUUUCUAGCCUCCAGAAGGCAUAUGGAGAACUCAGCGGUGCCGAGCUUUUCAAAAAGGCCGUUGAGCGUGUUUUCUUGCUGCCAUCGGUUGGUUCCAAGUCAUUCUUGAUUACCAUUGGCGAUCGAAGCGUUGGUGGUCUCACCGUGCGUGAUCAGAUGGUUGGACCAUGGCAGACACCGGUUGCCGACGUUGCGGUGACAGCUACGUCGUUCCAUAUCGGCACCAAGCAGAAGGGGGGUGAGGCCAUGGCUAUGGGCGAGAAACCAACGCUCGCCAUGAUUGACCCGGCAGCCUCUGCAAGAAUGGCCAUUGCCGAAAGCUUGAUGAACAUUGGUGCCGCUGAUGUCGCCGGCGAUCUGCGCCGCGUGAAGCUCUCUGCCAACUGGAUGGCCGCCGUGAACCACGCAGGUGAGGGAGCAGCAUUGUACGAAGCCGUCCGAGCGGCCAUGGAGAUGUGCACCAGGCUCCGAGUCAGUAUCCCCGUCGGCAAGGACUCGACAUCCAUGAAGGCAUCAUGGAAGAACGAGGAGGACUCAAAGAACGUCACGGCACCAGUUUCCGUCGUCAUUUCCGCCUUCUCCGCAGUUCGUGACAUUCGCAGCACUUGGACUCCCCAGCUCCGUCGCGUGGAGGACGUGGGCGAGACCAGUCUCAUGUUCGUCGACCUUGCAGAGGGACGAAGAGCCAUGGGCGGUUCAGCACUCGCUCAGUCUCUUGGUGCCGUUGGCGACAAGGCGCCUGACAUGAAGAACUUUGACCUCAUCACGGAUUACUUUGAUGCCUUGUCUCAGCUUCACCGAAGCGGUGUCGUCCUGGCUUACCACGACAGAUCCGAUGGUGGUCUUAUCACCACCGUUGCUGAGAUGAUGUUCGCCGGCCGCUGCGGCGUUGAUAUGAUGCUGGAUGGCAUCUCCAAGUCGGGCAAGCCGGAAGAUAUCAUCGAGGCCAUGUUCAACGAAGAGCUUGGUGCCGUGUUCCAGAUCCGCACUGAGGACGAAAUCAACUUCAAGCGAUGCUUCGCUACCUGCGGGCCUCCGCCCGGCCUAAUUCGCAAGUUUGGUGUUGUCCGAUCGACCUCCAAGCAGAGCCUGAACAUUCGCCACGGGGGCAUGACCUUUGCCACCCUGGACCGAACCGAGAUGCAGCAGUGGUGGUCCAAGACCUCGUACGAGAUGCAAAAGAUCAGAGACAACUCUGCCUGUGCCGAGUCCGAGUUUGGCACCAUUUCCGACUCUGCGGAUCCGGGCAUCACUUAUAAGCUGUCCUAUUCACCCGCCGAAAACAUCCUCCCCAUCACCUCGUCCAUCACCGGCUUCUUUGGAAGAAUCCCCCGCGUUGCCAUUCUCAGAGAACAGGGCGUCAACGGCCACGCCGAAUUAGCCUACGCCUUCAAGGCUGCCGGCUUCGAGCCCAUCGACGUCCACAUGACAGACGUCCUCGACGGCCGCUCUCUCGCCGACUUUACCGGUCUCGCAGCCCCCGGAGGGUUCUCGUACGGUGACGUCCUCGGCGCCGGCCAGGGCUGGGCCAAGUCCAUCCUCAUGCACGACAACACGCGCAGGGAAUUCGCCGCCUUCUUCAAGCGCCCCGACACGUUCGCCCUCGGCGUGUGCAACGGCUGCCAGAUGCUCACCCGCAUCAAGGAGCUCAUCCCCGGCGCCCAGGACUGGCCCAACUUUGUCGACAACACCAGCCAGCAGUUCGAGGCCCGCUACAGCAUGGUCAAGGUCCACGUCGACAAGUCCAAGCCCUCCGUCUUCUUCCACGGCAUGAACGGCUCCGAGCUUCCCAUUGUCGUUUCCCACGGUGAAGGUCGCGCCAAGUUUGCCUCGCCCAACUCCCUCCAGACGCUCACCGAGUCCGGCAUGGUGCCGCUGCGCUACGUCGACAACCGCGGCAACGUCACGGAGCAGUACCCGUAUAACCCCAACGGCAGCCCGAUGGGUGUCGCCGGUGUGGCCAGUCCCGAUGGCCGUGUCGUCGCCAUGAUGCCGCAUCCCGAACGUACCAUUAUGGCUGACAUUACGAGCUAUGCUCCUCCUGAGGAUAUCGAGGAAUGGGGCGAGUUUGGUCCCUGGCUGAGAAUGUUCCGCAGCGCCCGCAGAUGGGUCGGCUAG